ACAAACUGUAAACGUAACCUAUAAUUUAAUACUGUUUUCAUAUAAAUCGUAAAGCAAUUCCGAAUUAUAUCUUACGUAUACGUAACAAUUUAUGUUCUGUUUAAAACGGUGUAAAAGAUUCUGUUUCAUUACAAAAUCAAACUUUAGUCGAAAUAAUGGAUGAAACGGAAUUAGACCCGUCCGUAUUAGGAACUCGUGAGUACUGGAAAGAGGCUUACGCUAAAGAAAUUCGGAAUUUCGAUGAGUUUGGUGAUACCGGAGACGUUUGGUUCGGUGAAGACAGUGCCCUCCGAGUAAUAAGGUGGAUCUGCGACUGCGGGGUGGACAGAAACAGUCCCAUCAUCGACUUAGGCUGUGGAAACGGUUACACACUAUCUGAAUUAGCAAAAGAAGGAUUCACAAACCUACUCGGAGUGGAUUACUGCGAGGCUGCCAUUACUUUAGCCCGAAAAGUUGCCAAACAGAAUUAUCCCUUCAUCAACUAUAAGUUAUUCGACAUAACAACGGACGAUGUAAUAGCGUUGGGCCAAUAUGCCAUAGUGCAUGACAAGGGCACAUACGAUGCUAUAGGCCUGAAUCCCAUAGACCCUAAAGCCUGCCGAGAGAAAUACAUCGAACAAAUUCAUAGACUGCUCCUCGAUGAGGGUAUUUUCAUAAUAACAUCGUGCAAUUGGACCGAAGAGGAAUUAGUUAAACAUUUUUCCGAGAAAAUGAAAUUGAAAUGCGUACUGCCGACUCCGCAGUUCCGUUUUGGCGGGAAAGUCGGAAGCGUUGUGUCGUCUGUGGUGUUUUGUAAAAAAUAA